AUGGCUGGCACUCUAAGCACGUUGGACAUUUCCAACUUGGGAAGUUCAGAAGAGCGUAUCGCAGCUAGAAGGGCACGGGCUGAAGCCAAGCUUAAGGCAGACAAAGAAGAGGCUGAAGGCAAGAAGACAAAGAAGGAUGAUGCAGCUGAACAGGUGUCCUUAGGCAAAGAGCAAUACGGCAAGUCCGUCGCAGAGCUCGAGCGGUUCCGGACCGAGACGUGGGAUGAGCUGACGAGCAUCCUAGUGCGUUUUGAUGACCAGGAGAACCAACGUCGCAUCGUGGAAGAGAACAACCGCUUAGACCGCUACGAAGCUUUGCAGAUUGAAGCUGUGACCAGCGGCAGGAAGAAUGCAGCCAUCGAAAUGAAGUGGGCUGACUUACUGAACAUGGACAUCCCACAGGAGCUCAAUGACCAACUUCAGUUUCAGAAGAGUGCUUGCAGACAGAUCAUAGAGUCCAAGGAUCGGCGCAUUGAGGACUUCAAGACAGAACUGAAAAACAAAGAUGAAGAGUACAUCAAGAUGCUGAAGCAGCAGAGGUUGGAUAUUACAACUUUGAUCUCCAAGAUGCGGGAACAAUACCACUCACUAAGGCAACACUACGAACAGCAGCUAGAAGACAUUGAGCAAGCCUUCGAAGAAGAAAGGAAAGAAAUGCUUCAGAAGAAUAAGGCAGAGAUUGAGGCACUCUUUGAGAUGCGCCAGCUGAUGGAACAACAAGAAUUCCUCGAACGGCGGCAGGAGAGGGAACGUGGCUUCCAACAGCAGAUUGAAGAGCUCCGCACAGACAAUGCUGAUGGCUACAACAAGUGCAAAAUUGCUCUAGAGAAGGGCAUCCAGGAGCUGGAGCAGCACUUGGAAAAAAUGCUGGCCACGUACCUGCUCAACAAGGAGAAGCUGGAGUACAACUUGCAGGUCCUCUCUGAGAGAAACAAGGAGCACACAGCAAUCCAAUCUUCAUACAAGAAUCGGCUGAACCGUCUCCGGGAGACCCUGAACACCCUGAUGAGUCGAUACAACACUCUCGACCAGAAGUACAAGACCCACAACCACGAGCUGACGGAAGAGUACAAGCGGGUGACAAAGCAGUUCAAGGAUUUGCAAGAGAAGUUUCAACACUUUGAGCAGGCCGAUGAGAAGAAGUUCCGGGAAGUGUGGGAGAUGAAUGAGGCAGAAGUACGUGGCCUUAUGACAAAGGUGCUUGAAGCAGAUCGGCUCCUGCACGAACAGCAGCUAGGCCAUGAGUGGGUCCCUCCAAAGGAGGAGCUGUUGCAACAGGAGCUGGACACUUUUUCUGAGUCUGGCACCACAACCGGUAAGAGCACAGCAUUGGAGUCUGCAGAUAUGGGACAAUCUGAUUCCGGCAAAUUCUCAGCGACCAAAGUGAAGAAGGUCUUGGAUCUCAUUAAGGAUGAGACUCAGUUCUUGCUUGACAUGAAGGUCCGUGACCAAUUGGCUGAACUUCCGCCAGAGCAGAGGGAUGUGCUGCAGAUUGAUGCCUUGCUUCGAUACAUUGGGGUGGAAGGUCAGCAGGAUGUAGAUCUUUUGGUGCAGGUCUUCUACAAUGGGCAGGAAGAAGACGAUGAAGCGCUCAUGGUGGAACCAGAUGAUGUGCUACAACAUUUGAAGAACUUCAUCCAGGAGAAGGAAAAUGCACGAAUUGCUGACGUAGCCCCCGACAAGAAGAAGAAGGCGCGCACACAACAGCUUGGUAGCGAGAGCGAGCCAGACCGGAAGGCUCGACGACGACGUGAGGAGCGCAAGUUCUGGGAGCGUAUGGGCCAUGUGAUCCCUGACAUGAACUUCCGUGUUUGGAAGGCACUGGACGUCUUCCUGAAGCGCUACUAUGAGCUCUUGCAGCGCCGCAGCAAAACCAUCGACUCCGCAGUGGCCAUGCAAAAGCAAAACGAAGAGUUGAAAGCUUUGUUGGACCAAUACCUCGGCUCCAAGGUCAAUGAAGAACUUCAAGUGCCACCAACACACGUCAUCACAGUGGAGGUUCACUCCACCGCCGCCUAUGUGCUGGGUGGUUUAGGAACGCUGGUGGCAGUCAUUCUGACCAUACUCUCACUACAAGCGGUCCCGAAUUUGCACUAUGGAAUUAGGUACAACAACGCGCGUAAGUGGGCGGAUGUUGACAACGCCUACACAGCAGGCCGAUACUUUAUUGGGCCGUGGAAUUCCUUUGUGCUGUUCCCCGCUUUGGUGCAGAACGUUGAGUUUUCAAACACGUUUAACCUGGCGCCAAGCGGCGAUCGCUAUCCAGCGCUACACACAAGGACCAAAGAAGGCCUGGCCUUGAAUCUGGAGGUGGCCCUGCAGUACAAAUUGAGGCAGGCAGAGGUUGGCAAGCUCUACACAGAGUUCAACGUCGACUUCGAGGCCUUCUUCGUUAGCACCAUCCGUGAAAGCGUUAUCAAGGUGGCAGCCGACUACGAGGCAUACCAGCUUUGGGAUCAGCGGAAGGAGGUUGGUGAUCAGAUGCAAAGGGAAGUGAACUCGGUCCUCAACAAAACGUAUGCUGAAUGUUGGGGUCUACAAUUGUUGGACAUUGCCCUGCCAAAGGCCUUCGAUCAAAGCAUCGUUCAAACGCAGGUGCAAAAUCAAGCCAUCAGCACAGAGAAGUAUGCACAGGAAUCUGCGCAGAUUCGUGCUAUGACCUCUGUCAUAGAGUCUCAGUUUGACAAGAGGAUCAAGGUGAUCAAGGCCGGUGGUGAGGCGAAUUACACGCUGAUCACCAAGACGGCCAAGGCCAAAGCCAAAAAGAUGGUUUUGGACACUGAAGCGAAAGUGCUGGAGAACAUCAAGGAUCAGCUUCAUCUCGUUAAGAAGGACUUGGUAUCGUACCAGCGAUAUGCUGCAUUGCCCAUAAUGAGCGAUGCCAAACUUUUCUAUGGAUUUGGCAGUGAGUCUCAGGUACUUGUGGACGCUCCCAGAGCUCCGGCACGUGUGCUGCAAGGAUCCUCAGAGCAUUUGGAAAAACUUCCAGAUGGUCCCACAAGAGAGGAACUCUGA